AUGGCGCCUGUAGGAACUGUUCUCAUUACCGGUGGCACUGGCUACAUCGGCUCAUUCACCUCUCUUGCCCUUCUUGAGAAUGGCUACGAGGUGGUGAUUGUCGAUAACCUCUACAACUCGUCCGAGGUGGCCCUCGACCGCAUUGAGCUCAUCAGCGGCAAGCGACCAAAGUUCUACAAGGUAGACAUCACGGACAAGCCCGCCCUCGACAAGGUCUUCGAAGAGAACCCCGAGAUCGAUAGUGUUAUCCACUUCGCGGCCCUCAAGGCAAGUCUAACCCGGUCGCGCAUGGCCGUUGGCGAGUCUGCCGAGAUCCCUCUCGAGUACUACCGCGUCAAUGUCGGCGGCAGCAUCUCCCUGCUGCGCUCCAUGACCGACCACAAUGUCACCAACAUCGUCUUCUCCUCCUCCGCUACCGUCUACGGCGACGCCACUCGCUUCCCCAACAUGAUCCCAAUCCCAGAGAACUGUCCUACCGGCCCCACCAACUCUUACGGCCGCACCAAGUCUAUGAUUGAGACCGUCAUCGAGGACCACGUCAACGCCCAGCGCAACAACCUCAAGAAGGCGGGCAAGCCCUACGAGCAGUGGAACGGCGCCAACCUGCGCUACUUCAACCCAUGUGGCGCCCACCCCUCGGGCAUUAUGGGCGAGGACCCUCAGGGUGUGCCGUACAACCUGCUCCCUCUGCUUGGCCAGGUUGCUACCGGCCAGCGCGAGAAGCUGCUGGUGUUUGGCGACGACUACUCCUCGCGUGACGGCACGGCCAUCCGCGACUACAUCCACGUGUGCGACCUGGCCAAGGGCCACCUGGUGGCGCUGAACUACCUACGGGAGCACCACCCGGGUGUGAAGGCAUGGAACCUCGGCUCAGGACGUGGCAGCACCGUGUUUGAGAUAAUCAACGCGUUCCGCGAAGUUGUGGGGAAGGACCUCAAGUACGAGGUCGUGGAGAGGAGACAAGGCGACGUGUUGGACCUGACAGCGAACCCCAGCCUGGCCAACAAGGAGCUGAACUGGAAGACGGAGCUGAGGAUGGAGGACGCAUGCUCGGAUCUGUGGCGUUGGGUCAGCAACAACCCCCAGGGUUACCGCCAGAGCCCCCCGGCGGAGCUGCUUGAGGCGCUGAAGAAAUGA